CAAUAGGAGAGGGGUGGAGGCGGGGUUUGGUUGACCAGGAGCCGGAGCAGCUGAAAGAUGUCGGAGCGGAAAGUGUUGAAUAAAUACUAUCCACCGGACUUUGAUCCAUCAAAGAUUCCGAAACUCAAACUGCCCAAAGAUCGGCAGUAUGUGGUCCGAUUAAUGGCUCCUUUCAACAUGAGGUGUAAGACAUGUGGAGAGUACAUAUACAAAGGCAAGAAGUUCAACGCGCGUAAGGAAACUGUACAGAAUGAAGUCUAUCUGGGUCUGCCCAUCUUUCGCUUCUACAUCAAGUGUACCAGGUGUCUGGCUGAAAUCACAUUUAAAACUGACCCUGAGAACACAGACUAUGUGAUGGAGCACGGAGCGACUCGGAACUUUCAAGCAGAGAAGCUGCUGGAAGAACAGGAGAAACAAAUGCAGAAAGAGCGGGAGGAUGAAGAGCUGAACAACCCGAUGAAGGUUCUGGAAAACAGGACUAAAGACUCCAAGAUGGAAAUGGAGGUCUUGGAAAACCUGCAGGAGCUGAAGGAGUUGAACCAGCGACAAGCCAAUGUGGACUUCGAGAGCAUGUUACUGGAGUAUCAAAAAUAUGAAGAGGACCUGAAACGACAGCAAGAGGAGGACGAUGAGCGAGAGAUGAAGUCCAUGUUGGAAAGCGCCCACGUAAAGAGAAUUCUUGAAGACUCGGACUCUGAUGAGGAACCCCUUAAACCACCUUGCAAACUGAAACCUCAAGUCCUUCGGAAGCCCACAGAUAUACUCAAUGAGAAUGCUGAUUGUCAGAAAAAGAAACUGAAGCCAGAGAGUUGGGAAAAAAGCGUGGGAAAGCUCAUUGGGAAUCCUCCUCUCUCUAAGUUAGUUGUGAAGAAAGCACAGACCAAAAAAGCAGAUUCAUCGAUCCUUAGAAAAGGUGACAGUGUCCAGAAAGACUGCCCGACCAAUGAUGGUACCAAUGACCAGAAUUCUGUGGUAUCGCCUACUUCAGUAGUGUUAUCAAGUACAGCACAAGUGCAGCAAGCAUCAGCAGCCUGUAAUUCCUCCUUGAGUCUUUUGGGGGCAUACUCUGACAGUGAAGGAAGCAGCAGUGAUUAAGCAUGGUCAUGGAUUCAGGCAACAGCAGUGAAGCUGUUUCAAGAAAUGGACAAUUCUAACUAAAGCCUUGAUUUUUUUUUCUGUACUCUGUAAAUAAUUGCAGUUGUCAUAAUUAUGUCUGUUUAUAUAAAUUUGGAAUACAUUGAAAUCUUCCCCCAAGGUCCUUUUAAACAUGGUGAGGCUUGAAAUUCUUUAUUUAACAAAAACAAAUGGGAGAAUGCUUUGGUUUUCUGUUAUUUAAUUACAUUGUGGAUAUAGAUGAGAUGGCUGUUCGCCUUACAUUACAAGAAUUCCAGCACUGACUGAGGCCGUUCAUCAGAUCAAACAUAUGCCAGUACAACUGAAUGUAUUUGCUGGAAUGCCAGUCUCAUGUCCAAGCUCAUACAUCCACCAAAACCCUACUACCCCCAUCAUGGUAAAUGGUGCCUGGGGUUUUUGCUUCUGUGACUUAAUGCAAAAGAUCACUAAAUGUGAAUAUAAUUAGCUUGCUUAUUCUGUGAAGAACUUUCUGAUUUUAGUCUUAUUUUAAAUCCUGUGGACCCCUCCACACUGCCCCCACAUCAUUAAUGGAUAUUCCACGAUAACAGAAUUCAGGCUACAGGCAUUCUCCUACACUUCAAACCAAGUGGAAUUGCAACCCUACUGUGCCGUUUCUCUCACUCUACGUGUUUUGUUGAGACAUUGUAUUAAUUUUUAAUUAUGUAUAUUAAGUGCUGUAUUUUCCUAACCUACAGUAAAAUAUUUUGUUUGUGACUGCAAAAGUUAAUCAUUUAUAUUGUGUUUAUAGAUAUAAUUAUUCAUGUGAUUAUGACCUGUAAAAUAUAUAAUAAACAUGUAAAUACAUAAUA